ACUAGCCCCGAGAGUGCAACGGAGUUUUGCCGACGAAAAUUACAGCGGUGUCAACGCGAAUCUCGCGACUCGCGGUUUACAAUCGCGUAUCUAAUGAAAAAUUUUUAAGUGCUCGUGUUUUAACUAAAAAACGUAAUUACACUGACUGAAAUGAAUAAUUAUUUUAGUAAACAAAUACCUAAAAAUAUGUUAAUUAAAAAAUUAAAGUAACUAAGUGCUGUGGAUUAAUAAAAAAUAAUCAAGUCACACCUCACCGAUGAUACGAAUAUAUCUAUUCUCCGGCUUCAUGACAAUAACAUAUUUUAUCAAGACAAGAUAUACACAGCAUAUAAAACCCAUGAUGAUGUCUAAUAAUUAACUGAUGAGUGAGAGCUUGAUAAGAUGAGAAGGUUAUGUUGACGUCAAUCAAUUCAACGAUUUCAAGAAAAUAAAUAUAUUAAAUGUCAUUGGCAGCUCAAUAAACUGUCAAUUUUAUGGUAUUUAAUCCUUUGACAAUUUUUUGCUACUUACCUAGACAAUAUUUACCAUAUUGACACAUAAAUUUACUGUCAGCGAUUACUUAUCAAUGAACUAUCGAUAUUGAUUUUUUGUUGAUAAUUAUUUUUAAAAACAUAAACAUAUAUAUAUAUCAAUUGACUUGAUAUGUGGUGGAAUAUAAAAAUGUAUAACAAACAAUGAUGAUAUUUCACAAUAUUGUGAGUGAUUUGCAAAACAACCAGUGAAAGUACUUAUGAGUUUGAGAACAAUUUAAUUUAAUGAAUGUGAAAGUUUAAUAAUUUUUUUUUUUAAUUUAUUGCGGAUAAAAAAAAAUAAAUCAAAAGUUAUAAUUAUCAAACUGUAAGUAGAACGCUACGAUAGUUGUCAAGAAAUAAAUUAGUGAGUUUAAUUUUAUUCUCAUUAAAUUACGGAGUAGAUAAAGUACUUGUCAGUUAAAGUAUUGAAUGUAAAAGUUUUCCAGAAUAAAAAAGAAAAAAAAAAGGUACAUAAUAUACCUAACCUGCAGGAAUUUAGGAAGAGAAAGAGGUGAAAGAUGCUGAAGAAGAAAUUUAUUUAUCGGCGGAGUAAAAUAAACAGUCGAUAAAAAUAAAAAUACGCCGGUUGGAGUUAUCAAGGAUAAAUAAAAUACAAGAGUGUAAGCUCCAAGUUACCCAAGUCGGAUCGAGAAGAGUGAGAUGUGAAGCAAACAAGAAAACGAGGGAUGUCAGAGAACCCGGUGAUCAGUAAUCCCGAAGAGGGAGAUAAUACUCUCUACUCUGGGGUGUCUGGUAAUAAAAGUCCAGGCAAUGGAACCAAGGAACGGCGUAUCAGCGUAGAAAAAAAAAUCGAGCUAAAAAAUUCAUCACCAGAGUCGAAAAAUUCAAAAGAAAAGAAAAAAGACAAUGAUUAUUCUGCGACACAGUUACGAAGGCCGUCUAAAGAAUGCGGACAGGUUGAAGGUGUCCUUGAUGAGACGGCACGAGCUAGCCCUGACAAAGCGUCGAAAGUGUCGGAAGAAAAGCAGUUAGAUGAAAAGCCCUCAGAGAUGACUGAGGCUGAGGAAAUUCCUGAGAUAAAUCAAACGUCAUCAACAGUCUCGGGUUGUCGUAGCGAAGACUCUGAGUUGGGAAUCGUUGGACCCGCAACAGCUGCUGAAAAUAUAUUGCACGAUGAUGAAUUGCUAGACCCGGCGAAAGACCAGGCGGAGACGGUUGCCGAGUGGAUGGAGCGCUCUUCUUUGCACAAGAGCAAAACCACCCUGAAGAACAAAAACAACACAAAGGAAUUGUCUGGUCAGGGAGCGACAACGACCACGCGAAAGUCCCAGAGGAUCGUGUCGAGCAUAAUAAAGCGUAGUAUAAAAUGUUUGAACAAGAUGCAUGCGAUGGAGUGCGCCUCGAGCCCUGGUAACAAAACCGUCAAUGACAAGAAAGAUGAUACCACGGGAGAUUCACCAAAAGUGCCGCAAAGUCGUCAGAACGGUGCUGCAUUACCGGAGGAAACCGCGACUGCAGCCUCUGUUACGACUGGCCGGGUUAAAGUUGAGAGAAUUCAAAAUAGUCUUGUUAAAAAGGAACGACAGUCUGAUGAUGAGGAUUGUAGUCAAGUUAAGAAAAAGUCAAGAGUACUGCCGAGCAAAGAAACACGUAAACGACGGUCUACUGACGAGACAAACUUUUCUACAAAUGGUAAUCCUAAAAGAAUAUGCUUUGAACAGAGAGAAAGGUUCAUUGACUCUCUUGUCGGGUGUGACAGAAUCAGCGCCGAGGAAUUAGCUACCCGAGCGGAUGAAUUGAGAGCUGAAGUCCAGGCGCUGGACGAGCUUGCAAGAGCCAAAGAGAUGGAGUGGAAUGAAAUUUUAAGCAUGAGGAAACUUAAAGAAGAAGCUUACCUGAGAGUUGAGAGAAAGAGACAAGUUAUGGGUUUUCUAGAGAAUAAUAACGGUCAGAUGUCUGACAGUUUACCACCAGCGAGUCUAUCGUUGAUGUCUGAGUGGAGUGAAUCCCAUCGAGAAGCCAGUCAAGAACGCCGAGCUCAAGAGACUCCAAGUGCCAGUGAAGUUACUCAUGAAGAGAGAGUAAACUCGAGAUUGCGGAUAGAGGCCGGACGGGAAAAUCUUCAAGCUACAGAGGAUGAAAUUCCUCUGGCGAUUUCAAAGGGCGAUGAUGAGGUGGCAAAUUUGAGUCAAAAAUCAUCGAGAAAUGCUUCCGGAGUGUCUUCCAAGCACCAGCACCAGCAACAACAGCUUGUUGAUGGACGAAAGCAAAGACGUUCUGCUGGUGAACAAAAUUUAGAUAAUAGACAGAUUGGCGAAGGUCGACAAGGCCCGAUCGUUGAUGUCAGAUCAAUAAUUGCUGAUUACCGGUUACGGCAUCCAGAAACGGUACCUCGUCGCGGCAGGAGGAUGAGGAAUUCUGUUAAUGUUAAUCUUGGAGCUGGCGGCGCGAUGGUUGAAACAGGUCACGGAGAUUCUAGACCUUCUAGCACUGACUCGUGCAAAAGUAAUUCCAAUGUUGGAGACGUUAAUAAUCCAAUGAGUUUCAAAGAUGUUCUUGUGCAAUUUGCUAAACUUAGCCAACAGCAAGGUGAACCUGUAAAAACCCCACAAAAUUAUCCGGAUGUAACCCUCCAUCCUGUCGCACCGACUACGGUUACCAUAAAUCCGGCGGCUUCUACUCAGCAAACGGGAUCGCUUCUCCAUGGAAUAUUGACUAAAAAUCAAACGCCUCGACCUACUACAUUCUCGCCGACUCUUGCUAGAUUAUUAACCGCGCCUGAGAGAGAAAGAAAUUCCGCGGCGUCUGCUGCUGUGAUGACCCAGCAGAUAACUCACGGACAAAAUCUUAUUCAGGCUUAUCAAGGAACUAAUCCAGUCUCUAUCAGUGAUCUCCUCUCUUCUUCCAAGGCGCGAACUGAAAUUACAAUUACUCCGGUAGUGAACACUCAGAUACCGUCUACACACUUAAAUAACGUUGUUCAUGUGGAUGACGUUGAAGAGGACAAUUCUCUUAUUGAUGAGAGAGAUACCAGACGAGGUUCAAGUACCCGUGAUAAUCGCGAGGACCGUGAUACUCCUCCCCGUUGUCAAGGAUGUCACGACCGUGCUGCUCAGUUUGUUUGUGCUGGCUGUGGCAACCAAUGGUAUUGCAGUCGAGAGUGCCAGGUUUCCGCUUGGGACGACCACUCAGAAGUGUGUUCUGGUUAGCAUUAGCA